UUACAAGCACAGUUCUAAUCCUGGUACUGCCUAGUGUACAUGACAGCAGCAAGAAAGAGAGCUCAGGUAGACCUUCUCAGCAGCUCACCCCCAGUCUGCAGACAUGAAUGACAUCAAGUUGGCUGUGCUGGGCAGUGAGGGAGCAGGGAAAUCAGCUGUUCUGGUAAGGUUCCUGACAAAACGUUUCAUUGGAGAGUAUGCUUCCAACGCCAACUCCUUAUACCGUAAAAGGCUCUCCAUCGAAGGAAGACUGUUGCACUUGGAAGUCUUUGAUCCGUGUUCACAGAGUGGAGAGAGUAGAUGUAUCCUGGAGGAGCCGGUGGAGUGGGCUGAUGGAUUUAUCGUGGUGUACAACAUCAGCGACCGAACGUCCUUCCUCAACGCACAAAACAUCCUAUGUCAGAUCAAAGAUGCCCGCGGAGAGAGCUACAAGGGGGAGAUGGACAAGAUGGAGAUCCCAAUCUGCCUGGUGGGGAACAAGCAGGACCUGUGCCACACCCGUCAGGUGUUUGAGGAGGAGGGCCGUGCCUUGGCUCAGGAGCACAGAUGCCACUUCCAGGAGGUGUCUGCAGCAGAGGACUACCUGGAGAUAUCCAACCUCUUCACCAAGCUCAUCCGCCACGCCAUGGAGCACCUGAAGUACCGGGCCGACCGCCGCCGCUACAGUGGCUCUAAAUCCAUGGCCAAGCUCAUCAACAAUGUCUUCGGCAAGAGGAGGAAGUCUGUCUGAAAGUGGGGGUGCUCAUGUGGACGUUGAUGGGAUGUUUGAUUGGGACGACUUGUGUUUAUAUAGACAUGUUGUGGAUGUCUGGGUUGUUGAUUCUGAUGAACACCUCUUGUGAUAGGGACAGGGACAGCUCUGUAAGUGUGAAUGACAUACUUCGUAGUCCAGACUUUAUCUGUAGCCCCUGUUUACUGUUUAUUAUGUAACAUCUACAUAUGUAGCAACGGCUGACCCUAUUUAGUGUCAUGUUUGUCAUGUAAUCAAACAAUAAUUCUCUUUUUUCAAGAAGUCACUUUGCCAUUCAGAUUUGCUUACGUUUUUAUUUUUCCUUCUUGAUAUUCUAAAUCCCAUGUUGCCAGUAGAGGAGCCUUCAAGGCUUAAGUUCCUUUCCUAAUUCCAAACCAUUUCAAGGAAAAUUACUUUCCAAAAGUUGUUUUAUGGAUCUAAGAGCACAAAAUAUUUGAGUUUGCAUCAAGGAAUGUGCACCAAUGUCUGAACGCACAUUCCACUACUCAGAGGGGGCAGUAAUAAGGUGAGAAUUACGGGUAAAUUGCCUCACUAACAACAUGUUAUGGUGUAGGACUUCACAUAAAUCUCUAUUGAAUUUCUGCUGUGGCAGUAUUACAUGGGCUGUUUAUAAUUUUAAGCUAUAACAAUGGGUAAAAUUGCUUUUCCGUGAAAAGGAAUGUAAGCAGCUAGUAUAUCCAUUCCCUACAUAGUAGUAAAGGAAUGUGCAGCUAUUUUCUUUGCAUGUACAUAUUCUGUUGAUUUCCUGUGUUCAAAGUGUUUGCUGAUGUAUUACAACUUUGGAUAGUACGAGCAAAUGUCUGUGAUCGUGUUAUGCAUAAAAACAAACGUUUCUAGUUGAAAAUUACCCACUGAGCACAGACGUCAAUUCAACGUCUAUUCCACGUUCGUUCAACGUAAUUUCAUUGAAAUGACGUUGAUUCAACCAGUGUGUACCCAGUGGCUGAUUAUACCUGGUGUGGACCAACUGGUAAUUAAAGAGCUAUUUGCGGGUAUGAGUAUUGUGUGAAUUAUUCAAUGAACUAAAUAAUGUCCCAUUUGUAUUAUGUGGUUUAAAGU